AUGGUCAUUACCCCUGAGAUGAUUGGGAGCAUUGUAGGCAUCUACAAUGGAAAAACAUUCAAUCAAGUUGAAAUUAAGCCUGAAAUGAUUGGUCAUUAUCUUGGCGAGUUCAGCAUUACGUACAAGCCUGUGAAACAUGGUCGUCCAGGAAUUGGAGCCACACACUCAUCUAGAUUUAUUCCAUUGAAAUAA